GUUGUUAUUUAUAAAUAAAAAUAAAUUCGUAUACAUUUAAAAGUCAAAAUAAAUAACUUAAUUAAAUAUAGAAAUAAAAAACCAGUUUUUUAACUAUUUAUAUUAUUAUAACAAUAAAUGUGCAAAACAAUACUGUGGAUUGUUAAAAGAACAUAAAUACUCAACAAAACGUUUCUCUGAACUCGUCUCGAAAAACAACUGUGAAAGUACUUUUUAACAACAUAAUGAUGUUUGCACAAGUGAUUGUCGCGGACUGUCCUUUUUAAUCUAUGCUUUUGUUUUUUUUUUCGUUCUGUGUGAACAUUUCUAAAUUAUGGAUUCUCUUUCCAUGCUUACUCCUUCAAAAAUGAUGGCGUUCCUUCAGAACCGGUCCAUCUCCCUGGUGGACAUGUACAUCGACAACUCGGAACCAUCGGAGAACGUCGGACAGAUACACUUCUCGCUUGAGUACGACUUCCAGAACACCACGCUGAUACUGAAGAUCAUACAGGGGAAAGACCUGCCGGCGAAGGACUUGAGUGGAACAUCAGACCCUUACGUACGCGUCACGCUCCUCCCGGAUAAGAAGCAUCGUCUGGAGACCAAGAUCAAGCGUCGAACCCUGAACCCUCGGUGGAAUGAAACCUUUUACUUCGAAGGGUUCCCUAUACAGAAGCUGCAGAGUCGGGUCCUUCACCUGCACGUGUUCGAUUAUGAUCGGUUCUCGAGGGAUGAUUCUAUCGGGGAGGUGUUCCUUCCCCUCUGCCAAGUGGAUCUAAGCGAGAAGCCUUCAUUCUGGAAGGCGCUGAAGCCGCCAGCGAAAGACAAGUGCGGGGAGCUGCUCACCUCCCUCUGCUACCACCCGAGUAACAGCGUGCUCACCCUCACACUGCUCAAGGCUAGGAAUCUGAAGGCGAAGGACAUCAAUGGGAAAUCAGAUCCAUACGUGAAGGUGUGGCUACAGUUCGGCGACAAACGCAUAGAAAAACGCAAGACAGCGAUAUUCAAAUGCACCCUGAACCCGGUGUUCAACGACUCGUUCUCGUUCAACGUCCCCUGGGAAAAGAUCAGGGAGUGCUCCCUGGACGUCCAGGUGAUGGACUUUGAUAACAUCGGCAGGAACGAGCUGAUCGGCAGAAUACUUCUGGCUGGCAAAAACGGCUCGGGAGCUACAGAAACGAAACACUGGCAGGACAUGAUCACAAAACCGAGGCAGACGAUCGUUCAGUGGCACCGCCUUAAGCCCGAGUAAAAUUGUUAUAAAAAAGUUACACAACAUAAGACUGAGCGGUUAAAAAUGUUACAUAACAUGGUAUGCUCUGGGGCUGUCCUUUCUUGCGCUGUGCACAGUACUAAGUCUUUUUUUUAUAUUUUUUUUUUCUUAAAAUAUUUUUAUGUGCUCUGUGGUAUGAUUUCUUAUAUUAUUUUACUUGUAUAAUUUCCUUAAAUUGAAAUUACAGUAUCGUAUUUUAUUAACAGUGUUGUGAAGUGAAUUAAGUUUACCAAAAAGAAAAUAUUUUUCAGAUGACUAAAUAAAAUUAUUUUUUUAUUUAUUAUUGUCAAUAUUUAAAAAAGGUUUAGUUUGCAAUAUUUUUUUUAUUUGUUUGCACACGCUAAUUUUCCAAACUUGACGAAGACUAUCCAAACAAAAAAUCUUCAACUCAUUGAAACUUAAUGUUGAGUAGAAAAAGACACUUUCUCGUGCAUUUUCUAUGCCAUAAAAAACUUAUUUUCCAUACAUUAUGGUAAAUAAAAUCAUCUGUACAUUACGAUGGAAAAAUAAGUUUUUUUGGCGGAACUUUAAAAAAUUUCAUGCUAGACGACGGUUUAAUGGAUGUUAAGAGUUAAUAGAAAAAAAUAUUGUUAGAAAAUAUAAAAUUAAUUGUUAAAGUAGCAAGUCGAGUACGUAUCGCACAAAAACAGUAGACGGUUAUGUUUUAAUACUUUUCCUUUCAUCGUUGCUCAAAACUUCAAAACACGCCAUUUCGGCGUCUGACACACUGACGCUGACGCGCUGACGUCUUCAGACGUCACGUCAGAUUUUUUUACGUCACAAACAACUGCCAAAUUGUUACAUGAUACCAUUGAAUUGUGUCAAAAGUCUUACUUUGUUAAUGAAAUUGACUAGAAAUGGACAUUCUAAAUUAAUUGUUAAAAUAAAUGAUAGGUCGUGAUUGAAAGUGGAGGGUCAAUUUUAGGUGAGAUUAUAAAGUUAACGGCUAAAACAGAUAACUAGUACUCGGUCUGUCAAAUUUAAAUGCUCAAAUGAACUGCAAAAAAUCACGAAAAAUCCUCAAAUAAUGUCAUUUUCGCUCUUGACAUUUGCGUCUGACAGGCCGACUCGAAGACAACGUAUUUUUUUUUAACCAGCUUUGUUAGUUAAUAGUUUCUUUUUGUUAAUAAAUAUAUGAAUAGUUAAAUAGUAAUGCUUGUUGUUACAUGUUACGAAGCUUAUUCCGUAUAGUAGAUUCGAUGUUGGUAUUCAAGAAAUAUACACAUUUAUAAAAUGUUUUAUAGUAUAGAUAUAUUUUAAUAGAUGUAAAGUAGCUUGUUGUUAGAGUUAGAAGGUUCAAUAUGGACAUAUUAGUUGCAAAUAUUGGUAUAUGAAACAAUCAAUAAUCUAUUGUAGUUUGGGAGGUUCGUGCUACGUUGAUCUGUUAUUCUGGACGAGUUUGGGGUAAAUUUUUGAUUGUGGAUAUUGAAUUUUUUUUAGAAAAAAAAUUUUUUUUUUCCUUAUUUAGUGUAAUUUUUUCCAAAAUAUUAGUUUCCAUUAAUACUCUAAGGUGUCGUUUAUGAAAAAAAAAACUUCAAAACAUUAUUAAAAAUAUGCCCCAAACAUUAAAUAGGUUAAAAGAAAAGACAAGCAGACGAUUUCCGUAUAGUUAUAUAAAUUAACAACUGAGCUUGAAAUUGAAAUAAUAAAACGAUUUUAGUACAUUGCCAACACCAGAUUGUUUGUAAUUUGUUUUUUAUAAAAAAAAAACAAACUAAUGAACUUUAGAAAAAUAAUCUGAGCCUUUUUGAUCGUGUUAAGAAAAAAAAAAUAAAAAUAAGUUUCUUCCUCUUAGAUUUGUUAAUCAUUUUAUAGAAUAUUUUUUCCUUAAAAAUAUAAUAUACCUAAUAACGUAAUCAAGUGAAAUAUGUAUGUAUAAUAUUUUAUUUACCAUUUUUAUUUUAUUACCGCAUCCGCAUCCGCAUACCGCAUCAUAUUGAAGUGCUUUUGUAUAAAGAAAGGACAUGAAGCAGUAGCUGUCAUUUAAAUAAAAACAUUAUUCUGUACCCUCUCUAUAAUAUUAUCAUAGUCAUUACCCGAAAUCAUAAGUCUUGUGUAUACUAAAAUUAACACGUAAAACAAAAACGAAAACACAUGAAAUCAACUAUAAAUUAAACAUGAAUUAUUUUAUUGUAACUAUCAUUAGCAAAAAAGUCCAAGUACCAAAGAGAAAGUAUCGGACCACAAAAUAUCAAUUCCAUUUUUGAAAAUCUAAUCGAUAUAAAAAAUCGGUUACUAUCUUCUUCCGAAUAAAACCAAGAGAGUACUAGGAAACCAUAACCCCAACUGGAUUACCUUAAGCCUACCCCAAUUGGCGAGGUAUAAAUACAUUGCGUAACAACCAGCGGAGCGUGUAUCGCACACACGCAAACGCAAUACCAGAUUUUGUAAUGCUUGCGUCACCUCACCCAGAUUAAAGUGCAGUAAUAAACGGUUGGCACCUUUAUUGAUAUGUAACAUACGUUCUUACCUUUCUUUCUUUGCCUUAUUUUUCGCUUUUCCAUAAUCUUCACUCAAUCACUCUUUAAUUUUUAAUUAAUUUUAACCACAAAGAUACGCCAUACGGAGCCUCUUAAUUAGCAGUGACCAUCUGGUGUCAGUAAAUUCAUUAAUUAAUGGUAACGUGGAAUAGAUUACCUUAUAAACACGGUGAAAUAUACCUACAUUUCGUGCAAGCUUAAUAUUUUAAAGGACAUUGUAGCCAUAAGAAUAUUAAAAAUUACAACCAUGCAGACCUACAAAACUAUUAUAACUGUCGACAACUACUACUUUAAGCAAUUUGAUUUUAAAUUCCGUUUUCAUACCAACAAGCAACGCCAGUCACUUCGUCCAAUGAACUUAUAAGUAAUGGUUUCUGUAGCCGCCUUCGUAACAAUUCUCGAGCCUUCGAUAGCUAAUUAUCCAAUCGAAACUAGUCCAUUUGAUUCUAUGUAAUCGGAUAUAAAAACUUAAAAAUUCGGAGAUAUCUUCUUACAUAUUCAUAUAGUGACCGUCAAAAUUUUGUAAUAUGAUAAAGUAUGUCAAUAUUUGCUUAAAUUUUUAUCUGUGUCAAAUUUCAAUAUUCCAAUUAGUCAAUGUCUCUCAGAACAUCGUUUUGUGAAAGUAUCUACCAAUAUGUAUCAAUGUUUUAUAUUUUUACAAGACAGUUUGCUAUCAUGUCCUUUCGGAGCAAUUUUGAUAAAUAAAAUGUUUUAAUAACCAUAAAAUACCAUCACUUUCAAAAUCAUUAAAAAAUCUAUCAAAACAUAAUUGCAACUAAAAAUUUAAUCUAAAAUUAGUCGUGAAACUCAGAUUAUAGAAAAACUAAAUAACUUAGCUGAAAGUCUAUAUUUUUUAAUAUCGUAUAUGGAGAUGGAGUUGUCAUCUAAUGUAUAUUCGAAAAUGCUUGUUAAAUUAUUUUUGCUAUGCAUUUUUGGGACUACAUUAUAUAUUUAGCUUCUCUAAAUAUGGACGUCAGAAAUUCAUUAUUCUGACAAAACAGUCAGACCUCCAUUCAUUAGCCAAAUUAGUCAGUUUUGAAAUCAAAAUUGGCAUUCUUUUGUUUCGCUGCGUAAAUCAAUCAAGGCAUAUCCUAUAACGGUAGGGGUGUUAAAAGAUAUAAAAAUAUUGUAAGUAUAAAUGAAAGGUCAAAAUGAGAGGAAUUAUUUAAUAAAUGUAUAUAAUAUUAGGCGUUGUAAUCAUGUUCGUUGUAGAGUUUGAGCUCAUUGCAGACCUGUUUUAUUGGUUUCGUUAAAUUUGGAUAUGCUACCUACGACAGAAUUUAUUUAUUAAUUAUUUAUUACAGCAACUAAUUACGGUGGAACCUCGUUUAUCUUAACUAAUCAGGACCUUAAUGAAAUCCAUAAAAUCGAAUGUGAAUCUACAUAAAUGAAUAUCUAUAAUAAACCAUCAGACCAUUUCAUCGUUGUUAAGGUCACAUUAAAAACACUAAUUAGUGUCAAGAUUAAGAUAAUUGUUAAGUUUUGGAUGAAUGAAUGUCAAUCAAGGUUAAGAUGACGAGAAUGGACCGCAGUUCAGAUGGUUGAAUAUCGAUCGAAGUUAAGAUAUCCGAGGUUCCACUGCAAACAAGCUUCUCAAAUGUAAUGUACAACAGUGUGACAUAUCAAACCAUAUUAUGUUUUGUAAAAUUCGCCUCCGAGGAUAUAUAAGUAUUUUCAUGAAAUGUAUUAAAUAUAUAAGAGAAACUCGUAUUUUUGCUGCGCACUUCGAUACUUAUUUUUGAAUACUGUGUACAUAAAAGUAUUUUUUCAAAAACUUCUAGGACGUUCUUUUGUUUAGCACCAUCUAGUGGACGCGGUGCACAACUUUCGUAUGAUUUCAGUGGCGCUUUUGCGUCUUUUUUUGUUUUUUUUUUUUUAUUACAAUGAAGGCCGAGACAAUGAGUUACUAGACUAAGUGAAGUAUGAAAAGCAUGUAUUCAAUUAUUUUCCAACGCUUUCGCCGAAUGUCGGCCAUUUUGUAUUUCUUUGCUAAGUAUUUUUGGCUCAAAGUGUAACUUGUAAUCGCGGUCGGUGUCUAUCAUGCAAUACGGGUGUUUACAGACGGAGCGGGAAAUUAACCGCGCGUCUAAACCGCUCCGUCUGCCACCAGCCUUAAGUGUUAAAUUAGGACAAUUGUGAUUCUAUCUACAUAGUUGAUUAUAUUUUAUCAUAUAGUUAAAAGUUUUAAAUGUAAUAUCAUGUAAUUAAGGAAUAUGUGUUUAGAAUAGACAUAACAUAGUAUGUUAACAUAUUGAAUCGCUUUCUUAUUAUUUCUUAAUGGCAGAAUCUUACGUGACGCUGCACUUAUUACUGUGAAAACAACAAAUAAAAGUAAUCAGUUCCUUUUGUACAUUAGUAUAGCUUUCUGGGUCUUAAUUUUGUUUUACAUUUAUAAAUAAAGCAUCUUCUGACUUUUUAUAUACAGAAAGUCAGCAAACGAAUUAGAUAACUUUAUGGUAAGUUAGAACACCUUCGAAGCCAAUAAAAACUACGUAAUGACUUGAGAAUCGAUUAUCUAUUUGACCAGUUACAGUUACUAUUUGGGCAGUGGAAUAUUACAUGACUUGCAUUUUAUACCCAUCUGGGCCCUGAUUCUCUACACUGCUACACGUUACUUUGACAUUUUAAACCAAGAACGUAACGCACAGCGUCGCGUUUUAGACAAUAGAAAUUGGCACACAGAAUACCAUUCCACGUAAAUUUCACGAAGAUAACGUAAAAAUAUAUGUAUGACCUGGAAAGUCAUACGCAUGGUGAAAACUAUAUCAAAUUCUCAUAAAAAAUAUUAAAACAAGAUAUGUUAUAAUGAUUUCGCAACUAUAUUGCUAAGUCAAUUUCUUAAAGUUUCCUCAGAAAUGUUUCUUGAAGUAUAGAAGUAGCAAAAUAAUAGAUUUCAGUUCAGAAAAAAAUAUAAUUAUAAAUCCAUGUUAUCUGAUUCAAAACUGAAUUGAUUUUGAUGAAUUUUCAUAAAAGUAAUUCUAUUAAAGAAAUGAUAAUUCUUUCCAGGAGAAAUUUAUCCCUUUACCAGUAGACAGGAUAAUACGUGUAGCGUCAUGAUUCUUCAAGCAUAAUAUCGUAAUACAAUAAUUUCUGACGAAUUAUUUAAACUAUUUACGUGAAAUGUUUCUGGAUAAUUUGUUUAUGUAGUAUGUUAGUACGUAAUUUUAUCGCUAAGUUAUUUAUCGAUAUAUAAAGUGUUGACGAUUAAAAUGUAUCGUGUAUUUACUACAUUCAUUAUUCCCAAUAAAAAAUAUUAAGUUAAUAGUA